UCAUUGUGUUUUAUGUCUGCACGGAAUUCUGUGUAGUACAUGCAUAUAUUUAUUCAAUACAAACCUGACAUCUUUUUAUAUCCACAGAACUCUCGGGUUCAUCUCAAACUUUGACACUUUAUAACAGCAAUGACAUAUUGCGUGCUUGUCUAUCUACUUUUUCUCUGUGGAGUCCUUCCAAAAGCUCUAACAGCAGUGAUCCAAACACAGCAGACUGUGCUGGCAGCAGUGGGAGAAGAUGCUGAAUUCAGCUGUCAGCUGUUGGAGACUAAAGACGUCCUUCAGGUCACAUGGCAGAAAAUCUCACAUGAUGGGGAGACAAAUGUUGCCACCUACAGCAAGUACUUUGGUCAGAGAGUGAAUGAUGGCUUUACAGAGAAAUUUAAGUUUAAACACACUGAACUACAGAACUGCUCCAUAGUCAUCAGGAAUGUGACGGUGCAGGAUGAAGGCUGCUAUCACUGUCUGUUUAUCACUUACCCUGAAGGCUCCUUCAUUGGUAGAACCUGCCUCCGAGUCUAUGAGCUGCAUGAACCUGUUGUUGAUGUCAGAGAGUCAAACUCUACUGAAGAGUGGGUUGUUUCCUGUUCAGCCACUGGUCGACCUGCUCCCACUGUAACACUCAGUGUCUCACAA